CCCCCCCCCCACCAACAACUUCAUAUUCUUCUUCUUCCCUUUCCCACUUUUUUUUUAUCUGCACGCUUCUUGAUUACUGUUCGAGUAUUAUUAUUAUUAUUAUUAGCAUGACAGACACAAUGCCCCAAGUGCGGUGGGCACCACUCCAUGGCAUUCCAUUCGAACGACGCUUGCAAAUGUUUGCCGUCUGCUGCUGGAUCUUUAUGCUUUUCAUAUGUCUUGUCAUAUUCGCCUCCCUCUUCACGCACCCGGUCCUCUGGCCGCUCUUGAUAGCCUAUAUCUCAUUCCUCUACACCGACAAGGCUCCAGAAAACGGGGGACGACGCUACGAUCGGCCCAGACGAUGGAAGCUCUGGACCUACUUUGUCGAUUAUUUUCCUGUCAAACUCAUCAAAGAACAAGAUUUGGACCCAAAGCACAACUAUGUCUUUGGCUAUCAUCCUCAUGGCAUUAUCUCCAUGGGCGCCUUUGCUAACUUUGCCACUGAAGCCACGGGAUUCUCCGACAAGUUCCCGGGCAUUGUUCCUAGCUUGUUAACUCUGGCCAGCAACUUUCGAUUACCACUUUAUCGCGACUUGAUUUUGUCUCUGGGCAUUGCAUCCGUUUCUCGACACUCGUGUGAAUCCAUUCUGUCGUCAGGUCCAGGUCGAUCCAUUGUCAUUGUCAUUGGUGGAGCAGCCGAGUCAUUGAGCGCGCGUCCAGGCACAACCGAUCUGACCCUGAAGCGUCGGCUCGGGUUUAUCCGACUCGCUAUCAAACAUAAUGCAGCGCUUGUCCCGGUCUUUUCAUUCGGCGAAAACGAUAUUUAUGAACAAGUCGAUAAUGACAAAGGGACCACGCUUUGGAAGGUUCAAAAGAAAAUGCAAUCUUUGCUUGGCUUUACUAUGCCAUUGUUCCAUGCGCGCGGGAUAUUUAACUAUGAUGUGGGGAUAAUUCCUUUUAGACACCCCAUCGUUACUGUUGUCGGCAAGCCUAUUCCCGUACCAAAGCUGGAAAAGGAUCAGAAGGAACCUACACAAGAGCAAUUACUUGAAGUUCAGAAGCAAUAUAUUGCUGGAUUGGAGGACAUAUUUAACAAGUACAAGGAUGAGUAUGCCAAGGAUCGAAAGCAGGAUCUUCGUAUCAUUGACUAACAAUUCCACACACACACACACACACACACCGUAUAAUCCUCCCACAUUACACUCACACACACACUAACCACACCCUCGCAUACACAUACUCUCAUACAACAACACAGUAGCAUAUCAUUUUGAUGUAUAUCCCCCUUUUACCCCCCAUCACCCUUUCUCUAAUGAAAGCAGCUCAGUCGCUCUCACUCAUAUACGACGAGUGCACGUACACGCUUUUUAAAAAAAACCCUGCAGACUGGUCUUCUUUUUCUGCUAACUUUUUCGCAUAAUAUUUUAAAUCACUAUAUACAAAGUCUUAAGUAUGGUAUCUAAUUAACCGCACUUGAAAUAAUGCUAGUAUGUCAUAUCUAUUGACGCUGCUGAUGCGUUAAAUAACUUGCAGCGACGGCAU